AUGAAUUUUCUAGAGGCCCUUUUUUGCGGGUUUGUGGCUUUGGCUCUAAUCGAACAUAUUUCAAUGGGGGCGCUACCAGCCUACGGGGAAGUGGAAGUCGUUGAUGGAAAAUGCAGGUACAUGAAUAGAACGGUCCAAGACGGUGAGGACAUGCAUCUCGAGGAUCCCUGCCAAACGUUGAAAUGCGAGGCCAAAAAGGGUUCAUUCGCCAUCCUGGGCUGCGGUAUUAUGGCCAGCAAACCUGGCUGCAAGCUGGAGAAAGGCACCGGAGUCUUCCCACAAUGCUGCUACAAAUCUGUUUGCUCCAAAACAAAUUAAAAGCGCAGUUUCGUUUAAGGUGAUAUAAAAAAAAGCCAUUUGUUUA